AUGCAUUCUUUUUACUAUUUUGCAGAUAUCAACGAGUGUGAGACUGAAAAGCAUCACUGCGACUCCAAUGCUUUCUGUAAGAACACUAAAGGCUCCUACAUUUGUACAUGCAAACCAGGAUAUACCGGAAACGGCGUUAACUGCACAGGUAAAAUAAGGAAGCGAAAACCUCCAGCUGAUAUCACUGAAUAACCUAAUAGGAAAGCAUUUCUAUUCAAUAAAUGUUUUCCAGUUCCAUUAAUUAAGGUGUAUGUUACAUGUUUAGGGUUUCUUUAAAUAGUUCCAACAUGAUAGCAUCUGAGAGGCCGCUUGUGAACAGGCUCACUUGUCCGAGUUUGGGGUGUAUUAAUGCGGCGGUGCCGUCAGCGGGAGCCGGCAAAACAGGCGAUAAAAAUAGAGCGAUUCUCCAUGCCAAUUCCAUACUCAACGUCAAAAAAAUAUUUGCAUAUUCGGCAACUAUCAUUUGCUUGAUCUGCGGGUUUUGUCGCCGCUUUUUUCCCUUUCUUCCAUAUAUGACUAUCUUUUGCUAUUUGCCUCAAAAUCUCCUGGUGCAACUUUCUGUUAUUUUUGUUCACAAUUUUUUUUGUUCCUAUUAGAUAGUACUUGAAAUCUCUUAAGGGGCGAAAUUAAAAAAGAAACUUAGCUCGUCUGCAGGCGCGCUUUUCCUCGUCCCAUUCUUCUUGCCAGCUAGCGCUGGUGGCUCCAUGCACCGCCAAGGCAACCCCAAACUCGCACAAGUGAGCCUGCUCGCAGACUAGUUUGCCGUUUAUCACGUGAUAGUCGUUACUUAGUUAUUUAUUCACAACGUUACAAACUGCGUACUUCUGGUCUUCAUUAGGCGAUUGUGUCGAGUAUGGGUGGUGUAAUAGUUCCCCCGUAGUUGCUAGUGAUUAGCAUUACGAGCCUCAUUUAUGGUUGGUGGGUUUUCCACCAACCAUGCGGUCCGCAGUGGUACUAAUCUGCAGCUGUGUAGUCGAUAUCUGAUAGUGGUUACCCACGCUUCUGGAAUCUCAAUUCAGGGAGUGUGAAAAUAAGACGAUAUCGUUAAUUUCUGGCAUGUGUCUAGUAAUCCUGCUUUCCAGCAAAACUGCGUAGUCUGAAAUGUCACACGUCUCCAUCCCUUAAUCCAUGGGGGGCGCGUCUCUCUCCCCCGCGCCUUUCACGGGUUAGGGAGUGGAGACGAAUGACAUUUCAGUCUACGUAUGGACAUUUACGUUCAUCCAGGAAUUAAUAAAGAAGGUAUACAGAGAAAACACAUUUUCCUUUUGUGGGUAGGGAAGGACAUAACGAACAAACUCUUAGUUUUCUCAUGAAAUGGUGUGUCGUCUCCGGCUUAGCCACUUCCGUUAUUGUGGCACGCAAUCAAGGAAAAAGGUAAUCAUCAAAAUGAUUUUCUAGGAAAGAUUUCAACAGAUGAUUAAAGGAAUCAUUCAGUAAAAAUUAUAUUCUUCUAAAUAAAUCAAUGCAUUCUAUUUGCUAUUUUACAGACAUAAACGACUGUGAGACAGACACGCAUCACUGCAGCUCCAAUGCUUUCUGUAACACUAAAGGCUCUUACAUUUGUACAUGCAAACCCGGAUAUAUCGGAAACGGCGUUAACUGCACAGGUAAAAUAAGGAAGCGAAAACUCUCAGCGUUUCUAUUCAAUGAACGUUUUCGAGUUCCAUUAACUUAAAGGUGUAUGUUACAUCUUCAGGGGUUUCUUUAAAUAGUUCCAACAUGACAGUAUUUGAUAGGCCGCUUGUGAACAGGCCCACUUGACGUACCGAGUUUGGGGUUAUGGUAUAUAUUAAUGCGGCGGUGCCAUCGGCUGGAGCCGGCGUAUCCUGUGAUGAGAAUAAAGCGAUUCUCCUGUUCCAUACUUAUUAAACGUUAACGUUAAAAAAGUAUUUGCAUAUUCGGCAACAAUCAUUAGCUGGUUUUGUUACGGCUUUCCCCCCUUUUUUUCUUGACCAUAUUUUGCUAACUGCCGCAAAAAUCUCCUUGUGCAACUUUCUGUCAAUUUUGUUCACAUUUUGCUUUGUUCCUGUUGCAUAGUAUCUUGACACCUCUUAAAGAAAUUAAAGAAUAUGCUCAACCUAAAACUGUCGGUUCCUACACACUUGAAAUUCAUUAUGCCAUGCUUAUUUUCAGAAUUUAUGAGUUCGUCUAUUUUGAACAGCGGUGAUUACUAUUUUCGUCAUUUGGGCAAUUUUCUGGAGAAUGCGGUUGGGGACAUUUCUCACUGGCUACUGUGCUGGCGUGCUACAUUGCAUGGCUGGAGUGUCAGUCAGUUUCAUAGUCGCUGCGAUGGAAAGAACGACACUGUUACCUUCAUAAGGAAUGGCAAUUUCAUCUUUGGCGGAUACACGGAUAUUCCUUGGGGUAAGAAAAACUAAAUAAAUUCCCUUAUUUUAUAUCGUCCUUUUCUCCUGCACUGUAACAGCUCUACUUGCACUGCUUAUUGAGAAUUAAACUCUUUGUUUGUUAGGUUGAAACGUCACUCUGGGUUUGUGCUAUGCCAGCAUGGGUCUUUACGCCCGAUAUGUCUGGUCACCCCCUACCAAGAUUGGGGGUGUGGGGACUUUUCUUAGGGCCGGUCACUCCUCUCUUUAAAACUAUUAAGGAAAAAAUAUUUCUUACAGUGUGCCACUCUAGGAGUAGCUUGACCUCCUGCCAAGUUCCAGAUGAUAAAUAGGUGUUUUUUUAUAAAACCUUCGAGUCUUCGAACUUCCGGUUAUUAAAACCAACUUUCAUUUCCCUUGGACGUUCGAAAAAUCGGGAUUCCUUUGUAUUCAUACGUUCUGUUUGUUUGUUUGUUUGUAAGAAUCCUUUAGUGGCUUUGGAAUCGCUUCCAAAACUUUCAAUUUUCCCUUCAAAAAUAAAAAACGGCUGGCUCCGUUUGUGAGUAAAGUGGAGACACCAGGAAAGGCUCUUUCCAGGGAUUCAGCGUAUGGUCCAUGUUUUUGGCUGAAACAUCGGGUCAUUGCUAAUAGCCCACGUUAGAUAAAUUGGAAUUUUAACUACAGCACUCCAAGGCUUCAGUGACAAAACUGCGAAUUCUUCACGACUAUUGUCUCGCAAUUUCCAGAGGAGACUUGAGCAAAAAGACAACCAAACCAAAUAUAGAAAUAUGACCAGAAGGUGUCGGGGUCAUGUUAGAAUUUUGUGACAGGUCUGUGAAAUAAUGGGAUCUGACAGACAUUGGAUUAAACAGACUUGCGGAUCGUGCCAUUUCAAAGGCAAAAAAGCUAAAUGUAGUGUUGCCGGUGAAUGCGUCAAAUUUUUGUUACGGAAGCUACCGACCCGUUAUAGUGUGUGUCAUGUGUCCUAACGGAAUAUGCAAAGCAAAACCAUAUAUUUUUUAUACGGACAGUCAGUAAAGCCUGGCCGAGUGUCCUUGUCCUUGACAUUCUGUAUCAGAGUGGUGGGCCAACAAGAUUGUCCGUAAUAAAACGGAGUCCGCAUGUCCGUAUGUCUAGUAUCGAUCCAGUGGUUCUAAUUUACAUGUAGAGCAGAAUCAGUUUAUUGCUAUUCUGAGAAAUCUCCUGUUAUUAAGUUUGGUAGGCUCGUAAGUUAUUCCACCAUUAAGAAAUAAUGGCGUUAAAAGUGAAACGCUUGCUAAAAGAACUCGAAUCCUUCAGGUUGUUGAUUCCCUGAUCAUUUAAUAGGGCUAUCAGUCAGUUACCUGACUGGAUUAAUAGAUAUUCGUUUAAAUAACAGGGCAAAAGCAAAGUGAACUCUGGUGGAUGUAGAAAAAUGACGUCAUUUUUAAUCGUGAAAAUGGGCUAUUAUGGUCUGUAAUAAAAUGAAUUCAAACUUGAAAUUAAUUUUUUUUAUUGAAGCAAACGUGAAAGCAUAUAUGACAAUUUUGUUUGUUGUUUUUAUUAUUAUUAUUAUUAUCAUUAUUAUUAUCAUUUUCUUUAUUUUAUGUACUUUUGGUUUCUCAGAAUCCAGUAGUGGCUAUAGCGCUACUUCCGAAGCGUUUAUUUUUUCGCUCAACAAUAAUGAAGGCUUGGCACCGUUUGUGAGCAAGAUGAAGGAUAAACACUCAGGAGAGGCAAUUUACAAGAGUUUAAGAUAUGGUCUUCAUUGUUGAUAAUGCCGACAGUAACGGCAACUCAGCAGCACUCUCGGGCGCUUACUACUCUGUUCCACCUGCAGUGCAGAACCGGAAGUCAGUCCUGGCCGGGACUCUGCACUUCUCUCCUGAUGAUGGCAGAUUAGCACAAAUUUAG